GGGGCCUGCGAAGGGGCGGGGCGUGCGGAGGCCGGGACGGCGCCCCCGGCAGGCAGUGAGGCCGGCUGAGCGUGGAGCAGCACAGUGCCCCCCGCGCCCCGCUCCGGCAGCCCUACGCCCGCGCCCGCCAUGCCUGAGCAGUUCAGCGUCGCCGAGUUCCUGGCCGUCACCGCCGAAGACCUCAGCUCCCCGGCUGGGGCCGCCGCCUUCGCCGCCAAGAUGCCCCGGUGCCGGGGGGCGGCGCUGGCGCGGGAGGAGAUCUUGGAAGGAGACCAAGCCAUCCUGCAGAGAAUAAAGAAGGCUGUGCGGGCAAUCCACAGCUCCGGCCUUGGUCAUGUGGAGAAUGAAGAGCAGUACCGAGAGGCUGUGGAAUCCUUAGGCAACAGCCACCUGUCCCAGAACAGCCAUGAGCUGUCCACAGGCUUCCUGAACUUGGCCGUGUUCACCCGCGAGGUUGCCGCACUCUUUAAGAACCUGAUUCAGAACCUGAACAACAUUGUCUCUUUCCCCCUGGACAGUCUGAUGAAGGGACAGCUGAGGGACGGUCGACAGGAUUCCAAAAAGCAGCUGGAGAAGGCAUGGAAGGACUAUGAAACCAAAAUGGCCAAGCUGGAGAAGGAACGCGAUCGGGCUAGGGUGACAGGAGGGAUCCCUGGGGAGGUGGCCCAGGACACGCAGAGAGAGCGGCGCAUCUUCCAGCUGCACAUGUGUGAGUAUCUGCUCAAAGCUGGGGAGAGCCAGAUGAAGCAAGGUCCCGACUUCCUUCAGAGCCUCAUCAAGUUCUUCCACGCCCAGCACAACUUUUUCCAAGAUGGCUGGAAGGCUGCCCAGAGCCUGUUCCCCUUCAUCGAGAAGCUGGCGGUCUCAGUACAUGCACUCCAUCAAGCCCAGGAGGAGGAGCUACAGAAGCUGACCCAGCUCCGGGACUCCCUCCGAGGGACACUGCAGCUUGAGAGCAGAGAGGAACACCUGAGCCGGAAGAAUUCAGGAUGUGGCUACAGCAUCCACCAGCACCAAGGCAACAAACAGUUUGGGACGGAGAAAGUGGGCUUUCUAUACAAGAAAAGCGAUGGAAUUCGAAGAGUCUGGCAGAAAAGGAAGUGUGGAGUCAAGUAUGGCUGCCUGACCAUCUCACACAGCACGAUAAACCGGCCCCCAGUGAAGCUGACCCUGCUGACGUGCCAAGUGAGGCCAAACCCCGAAGAGAAAAAGUGCUUCGACCUGGUGACCCACAACCGGACCUACCACUUCCAGGCGGAGGACGAGCACGAGUGUGAAGCGUGGGUGUCAGUGCUGCAGAACAGCAAGGAUGAAGCCCUGAGCAGCGCCUUCCUUGGGGAGCCCAGCGGUGGCCCGGGGUCCUGGGGGGCCGCCGGGCAUGACGGGGAGCCCCAUGACCUCACAAAGCUGCUCAUCGCGGAGGUGAAGAGCAGGCCUGGGAAUAGCCAGUGCUGCGACUGCGGGGCUGCAGACCCCACGUGGCUCAGCACCAACCUGGGCGUGCUCACUUGCAUCCAGUGCUCGGGCGUCCACCGGGAACUGGGCGUGCGCUUCUCGCGCAUGCAGUCACUCACCUUGGACCUGCUGGGCCCCUCCGAGUUGUUGCUGGCCUUGAACAUGGGAAACACGAGCUUCAAUGAGGUCAUGGAGGCCCAGCUACCCUCACAUGGUGGCCCUAAACCCUCAGCUGAAAGUGACAUGGGCACCCGCAGGGACUACAUCGUGGCCAAGUAUGUGGAGCACAGGUUUGCACGCCGGUGCACACCUGAGCCUCGGAGACUCUGGACAGCCAUUUGCAACAGGGACCUCCUGUCGGUACUGGAGGCCUUUGCCAAUGGGCAAGACUUUGGACAGCCGCUGCCAGGGCCUGAUGCACAGGCACCUGAAGAGCUCGCCCUGCAUUUGGCUAUCAAAGUUGCCAGCCAGGCCUCCCUGCCUCUGGUGGAUUUCAUCAUCCAGAAUGGUGGUCACCUGGAUGCCAAGGCUGCUGACGGGAACACGGCUCUGCACUACGCAGCACUCUGCAACCAGCCCGACUGCCUCAAGCUGCUGCUGAAGGGGAGAGCUUUGGUUGGCACAGUAAACGAAGCAGGCGAGACAGCUCUGGACAUAGCCAGGAAGAAGCACCACAAGGAGUGUGAGGAGCUGCUGGAGCAGGCUCAGGCGGGGACCCUUGCCUUCCCUCUACAUGUGGACUACUCCUGGGUAAUUUCCACAGAGCCUGGCUUUGACAGUGAGGAGGAUGAGGAAGAGAAGCGCUGCUUGCUGAAGCUCCCGGUCCAGGCCCACUGGGCCAGUGGGAGGCUGGACAUCAGCAACAAGACCUAUGAGACUGUCACCAGCCUGGGAGCAGCCACCCCUCAGGGCGAGAGUGAGGACUGUCCCCCACCCUUGCCAGUCAAAAACUCUUCUCGGACCGUGGUCCAAGGGUGUGCAAGACGUGCCAGUGGAGAUCAUUCUGAAGUCUCCAGCCUGAGUUCAGAGGUCCUUGAGACCCCUGAGAACCUGGGCAGUCCAGCCUCCUCCUCCAGCCUCAUGAGCCCCGUGGAACCUGGGGGUCCCAGCCAAGCCCCACCCAACUCUGAAGAGGGCCUCCGAGAACCCCCAGGCACCUCCAGACCGAGCCUGACAUCCGGGACCACCCCUUUGGAGGUGUAUCUCCCCGUCAGGUUCAGCUCUGAGAGCACUCGCUCCUAUCGGCGGGGGGCGCGGAGCCCGGAAGAUGGUCCCUCAGCCAGGCAGCCUCUGCCCAGAAGGAACAUGCCGGUUGGUGUCACUGAAGGAGAUGGCUCAAGGACUGGGAGUCUCCCAGCAAGUUCUGUGCAACUUUUGCAAGACUAGCUCCUUGCUGGCCCCCACAUGCCACAUUCUGGGCCCCAAUGUUCAGCGCUCACAAAACUGGGGAGCUGAGAUGUUUGUUCUCUUGGAUCUCGCUCUCUCUUACUUGUGCUUCUGUGACUGGCCUUCUUCCUGCCAUAGGCCAUGCCCCUACCAAGGACACAUGUCCUUUCCCUGUUAGGGCUGAUGGCAGUUCUUUUCUAUCUCAUUACCUGCUACGGGCCUGGGAGCCCUGUGGCUGGAUCUGAGUGCUCCUGAGCUGGCUUCAGUUGCAGAACUCUCAGUCCCUCAUCAGAUCGAGACUCUAUUUCCCCCAUCUGUCUGGGGGCUUCACAAGGGCAGGAGAGCCCUCCAUCACUGACUUCCAGAUCAGGGACCCUGCCAAGUAGGGACUGUCUUCUCAGCCAGCCGUUUAUUAGUCUAGUAUUCCUUUACUACAUUCCAGCUCUAUGUCUGGACCUGUGUUAGUCACUUCAGAUGCCACACGAGUAAGACAGGGGCCCUGCAGGGGUGGUCCUUUGGUGAAAAGCUGGUCUUAAAGGUUGGGCUUGGGAAUAGGCAGGGUCAGAUUCCAGGGCAUGACUCUGGACUCAGCGGGUUUAUACCUGUGUGACCAUUGCAGUUGUCUACAGACCACAUCCAUUCUGGCUGGUCAACAUGCAUGCUAUACUGGCUGUUAAAUAAAAAUAUUCUGAAUGUCACCCCUUUUGAGGGACAGCGCUGCCUCCCCUAGGCACUCUCCUAUGUUCCCCUGCCAAGCAGUAGAGUCGAAUGCACCCACAUUUGCCUGUGUCCUUGAUUUAGCAGGAAGGAAAGAAAUGGUCUGGGUUGAUGGAUGCCCACUUCUUUUCUCUUUCUCUUGGUCAACUCAGGAGCCUUUUAGUCUGAGGGAAUGGAGAGGCAAAGAAAUAAGGGAGAGUAAUAGAAAUGGGAGGGCAGAGACUUAAGGGUUCUGCUUCCCAGCACUAGAAAUUCCAUCAUUGCUCAGCCCCAGUGAGAAAGCAGAUACACCUCAGCCAUCAUCAACUGCUAACAUCUCAACUUGCCAGUUGCUGGGUGCUGCGCCCUGGCAGGAAUGGGCCAAGCCAAGCAGGGGAGACUGGAGAGCACCAGUGGCCAACACUGCUGCCUGGCUGUGGAGGCUGUGCUGUUUCCCCUGGAGACCUGACCAGUCUGUGGUUCCCACAGGAACAGGGUUGUCUUUUGAGCCCCCAGUGUCUGGUUUCAUUCAUCUCAGAUUUGUUAUUUCACUCAUCUCUAAUAAAGGAUUGGGGGGUCAGUU